AAAACUGCAGUCUGUUUUCUUCUUUCACACUCACAGAAAGAGAGAAGUAGAGAGAGGAAGCUUCAGUUUUGCUCUUACCUCGGCAAUAUCACAUUAAAUCAUAAAUUAAAAACAGAACAGAAGAACUGAAUGCUAAGGAAGCGAGUACAUUCAUGAUACAGAGAGCCAGGAAAGAAGGAAAGACAGAGAGACUAUGAGAACAAUAAAAUAAACACGGCGACUACACAUUGGCAGAGUUUACAGGACCAGCUCUGACAUCAGUGAAGUGAGAGAGGAAGAGGGGUGCAACGUUGCUUUACGGAAACUACUUGACAGUUUCACACUGACACAGUUUGAAAAUAGGAAACAGACGCUUAAGACAAACAGAAAGGGAAAGAAAGAAAAAAGGAUAAAACAAAGCCCAUUUAAGCCAAACCAUGUUGAUGAAAGAAUACCGGAUAUGCAUGCCGCUCACUGUCGAUGAGUACAAGAUCGGCCAGUUAUACAUGAUCAGCAAGCACAGCAGUGAGCAGAGCGGAGGUGGCGAAGGGGUGGAGGUCGUCCGUAAUGAACCCUGCACAGACCCCAAACACGGAGCCGGACAGAUCACAGAGAAACGUAUCUACCUCAACAGCAAACUGCCAACCUGGAUAAGAAAGUUUGUCCCCAUGCUUUUUUAUAUCACAGAAACUGCCUGGAACUUCUACCCUUACACUGUAACAGAGUACACGUGUUCCUUCCUACCGAGGUUCCAUGUCAAGAUUGAGACACACUUUGAGAAUGACAACGGUUGCGAUGAAAAUGUGUUUGGUGGUGACCCCACUCCAAAGGACAGUGUCUGCUUUUUGGAUAUUUUGAGCGAUCCAAUCCCUGACAAGCAUUAUAAGAAGUCAGAGGAUCUGAGCAACUGGGUGUCACAGAAAACAGGCCGGGGACCCCUUGUGGAUGGUUGGAGGAACACCACUAAACCCAUCAUGUGCUCUUACAAGAGAGUCACCUGUAGCUUUGAGGUCUACGGCUUCCAGGGGCGAACAGAGGACUUCAUUCACAGGAACAUUCGUGACAUUCUGUUGGUGGGACACAGACAGGCGGUGGCAUGGAUUGACGAGUGGCAUGGAAUGACACUCGAGCAGGUGAGAGAGUAUGAAAGAAAACAACAGGAGGAAACCAACAGCAAACUCAAAAGUGACAUUACCUGCACAGACUCUGCUCCUCCAGUGCGACCCGGCUUAACUCGCUCCAUCUCUGUUACGGAUGAAUCGUCACUGAAAAAGAUGGGGGUAGAGACUGUAGAUAUGCCAAGCCCUUCCUCCCUCAAAUAUCCCAUGAGAUUAAACUCUACACCAGAAUAACACCACAUCGUCCACUGCCAGUACCUACAUUUAACAAAAUUCUGGACUUGGACAUUCUCUUCUAACCAAAACUAAAAAGACAUUCCACAUUGUCACUCUCUGCUCUCCGUUCCAUCUGGACUUGCAUGUUUGUGUUCCGUGCAGAGGCUGGCAUCUGACAAAAGCAUCUUGAUGAAGAAUUGUAGAUAUUAUGUAAAAAAAAACUCUGGCUUCUCAUGAAGUGAAACCAUAGUGCCUUAAUUCACGUUUCUCACAGACCUCACCAAAAUGGAUUGAACAAAUGAUCUAUUCCACUGCCUACGAAUAUGAAGGGGACCAAAGAAUGGAGAUGAAAAGCUUCUAUUGACAUAAUCAGUAGACUGUUUCAGUGAAUCCUGAUCAUAUGGAUUAUGGCAAUUAUGGGUGACUAGCUGAAUUUUCUAGUGGGUUAUGGGUGAUUGAGGCUAACUUCUGACCCUGUAUCAAUACAAUGACAGAAUGCAAUUGAUUGUUUAGUCGUGCAGCACAUAGCAUGAACAUUAUACUCUGGAUGAUCAGAUGGAAGGCUACAAGGGAUGAAGCAUUGUGUGUUAUCUGACACCUGUCUUUGUAAGAUGCCACUGGUGAUAGUGCAGAACCAUAAAUUCACAUCAUUGAUUAAUAAGCCAACGUUGUUAUGUCAAGCCGUUCAAACAAACCGAGGAAUGUUGAAAGUUCCAUUUCUUCACAUAUUUUUUUAUAUAAUAAACUUAAGGGAUGCAUGAUACUCUGGUUCUACACUGGUUAUCGGCCAAUAUUUCAAGCACUUUUUAUUUAUCAGUAUCAGUAGGUUUUUUUAUAUUAAAUACUCAUUUACUCUAUUUUUACAUUAAGAUCUUUGGCAUCAUCCAACACUCACUUAAAGAUGCUGUAUGUAAGAUUUUGACUCUACUAAAGCAUAAAAAUACCAUAAUAUGUUUCCAGAUAUAAGAAACAUGUGAAGUUACAAUGCUACAGUCAUUUAUUCUCCUUUGAAAAUGUGCAUUCCGAGUCUAAAUGUUGAUCUUUGUUUUGGUUUGUGAAACCCGCCCACUGCCAGUUUACCCAAUUGUAUUUCAGCACCCCGGGUUGCCAGUUGGCGGAAAACACAGCGUAUUUUAUUUCAUUCAUCAUUAGUUGCGCUCAUUCCUGUUUGAGUCAUCAAUCUGGCAACCUGCGUAUGGGUCAAGUCUGACCAGGAGGGGCCGGGUGAAAAAAACCCUCUCCAAUAUUUUGAAUUUGGACUGCAAUACCUAGUUCAACCACUCUGUGUCAAUCCUACAUACAGCAGCUUCAAAGUUCAUCUUUAAAAACACAAAUAAUUUAAUAAGACUGUUAAAUAUAAUUUAAUAACUUUAACAAAUCUGAAAAUUAAUAUCUUUUUUUUCAUAAUGAACAUAAUAUUGUGGUAAAUUCACUUGUUGCAUUAAUAAAUAAAUUAGGCUAA